AUGGUGAAGACAAAGGAGCUGUCUGAGGACAUCAGAAGUGCUAUUAUUAGCAAACACAAGACUUCCAAAGGGUAUAAGGCCAUCUCCAAAGACCUUGGUAUCCCAGUUUCAACAGUGCGCAAUGUUAUUAAGAAGUUUGCCUGCCUGUCAAGAACCUCCCUGGACGUGGGGAAAAGAGGAAAAUUGACAAGAGAAGUCUUCGAAGCUGACAAGACUGAUGAAGAAAUUCUGAAGUUAUUUGAGGCUUUUGAAAGAAGAGUCCUGCUGAAACUUACACAAAUGCAUGAGGAAUUUAGGGACGCCAUCGGGAGAUUACUGGAGAAGAGCACAGAUGCUCCACGAGGAAAGAGAAAGAGAAAGGAGGAAGAAUUCUGGACUGUUCCGGAGGGAACAACUGAGGUUCCCAACAUUGAAGCUCCAGCAGGGAAGAGGGUGAAGCAGGCAGUGAACCAGUCCAAGAGAACGAGUCAGGGACAGGAAAAAGCCACUGAGCCAGAUGCUCCACGAGGAAAGAGAAACGAGGAGGGAUGCAGCCAGAAUGUUGCAGAAAGAAAACACAACAAUCCCAACUCUGACAAUCCAGGAAAGAAGGGGGCAGAGAACCCGCACACAAGAAUGUCUCGGGGAGAGAGGACAACGACUGAGCCAGGCCCGUCCACUGGGCUGACAACUGUAAACUACGCCUUCGCCUCCAACUACGUGACUGGAGAAAAACUGGGCAAAGGAGGCUUUGGGUCUGUCUUCAAGGGAAGACGCAUUUCCGAUGGCCUACAGGUGGCCAUCAAAGUUGUGUCAAAACAGGAAACCAAUACCCGAUAUCUCCGAAGUCCUGUUGACUCCAGGGCCGUGCCUGCGGAAGUGGCUCUGAUGCAGAUGGUGAACCAGCCACCUUUCUGCAAGAACAUCAUCCGGCUCAUCGAGUGGCUUGACGAGCCAGACCAAUACAUCCUGGUCCUGGAGCGCCCUGACCCUUGUGUGGACUUGUGGAGCUUCCUUGACAACUUAGGAGGUUACGCUGAUGAAGAGAUGGCCCGAACCAUGAUGCUCCAGGUCGUGGAGGCAGUGAGCCAGUGCAGCCUGCGAGGUGUCCUGCAUCGGGACAUUAAACUGGCGAACCUUCUGAUCAACACGGACACCUCAGAGGUCAAGCUGAUUGACUUUGGGUGUGGUGAUAAGAUCAAGAGAACGGGGUACACUCAAUAUAAAGGCACAUCAUUAUACUGCCCUCCUGAGUUUCUUCUAGAGCGCAGGUAUCAUGCCAAUCCUGCAACAGUUUGGUCACUUGGUGUCCUGCUGUUCAGGAUGGUUUGUGGAUACUUUCCCUUUGUUGAUAAAAUGGACAUCGUUCAAGGGCGUCUGGACUUCAGAGCUGGCCUAUCACAGGAAUGCCGUAAUCUGAUUGAAUGGUGCCUCAAGCACGACCAAUCCGAGAGGCCUAGUUUUGAGCAGAUCAGGCAGCAUGAGUGGUUCCAGCGCACCGUCCAAGGCUAG